AUGGCGCAGAAGUCGAGAGCAAGACUACCGGUAGACUGGUCUCUGUACCUGGUGACGGACUCAACGCCAGCAAUUCUCGGUGACAAGGACAUCGUCGAGGUAGUUGACCAAGCUAUAGAAGGCGGGGUCACCAUUGUCCAGUAUCGCGACAAACACGCCGACACGGGAGUGAUGGUUGAGAUUGCCUCCAAACUCCAUGCCGUCACCCAAAAACACAAUGUGCCUCUGCUGAUCAACGAUCGCCUCGAUGUCUGCCAGGCUGUGGGUGCUGAAGGCAUCCACAUAGGUCAAGACGACAUGGGUUGCGUCGAAGCCAGAAAGAUUCUGGGACCGGAUGCAAUCAUAGGGGUCACAGCGUCGUCGGUCGAGGAGGCUCAGAAGGCGAUUGAAGAUGGCGCAGAUUACCUAGGCAUUGGAACUACGUUUGCGACGCCGACAAAGACAGACACCAAAUCCAUCAUCGGCACCCGAGGUCUCCAGGAGAUUCUGGCCGCCUGUGCGACCGGCACGGAGAAAACGGUUCCCUGCGUUGCUAUCGGCAGUAUCAAUGCAUCUAAUGUCCAGCGCGUCUUACACCAGUCUGCCCACGGCUCCAACCGACUGAAUGGCGUCGCUGUAGUCAGUGCCAUCAUGGCAUCAAUGGAUCCUCAAGCCUCUGCCAGGUCGCUUCUCGACUUGAUCAAGACGGCCCCCGAGAAAUUCUACGCGGCUGUGCCACCGAACACAGCCCGCAUCACGGAUUUCGCGAACCUGAUCGCGCAGAUUCCCUACAUUAUCAAAGCACAUGUCUCAUCCUCUGUCCUCUGCCAUAACAUGACCAACACGGUCGUUCAGAACUUUGCCGCCAAUGUCUGUCUAGCAACAGGUUCGUCCCCUAUAAUGUCCGAAAAUGGGCCUGAAGCCCCAGACCUAGCUCGACUAGGCGGCGCGCUCGUCAUCAACAUGGGCACGGCAACCCCUGAUAAGAUGAACGCCUUCACCGCCGGAUUGAGAGCAUACAAUGCCGUUGGCGCGCCUGUUCUGUUCGACCCUGUCGGUGGUGGUGCAACGGCCGUCCGUCGUGAUGCUGUCAAGACACUUCUCGCCGCUGGAUUCUUUAGUGUUAUCAAGGGCAACGAGAGCGAGAUUGGCGCCGUAGCUGGCACGUCAACGACGCGACAAAGAGGCGUCGAUUCUGGUCCUUCCGUCUCCACGGCCGAAGAAAAAGCGAAACUCGUCAAGGCCAUUGCCUUGCGCGAGCAUUGUGUCGUGCUCAUGACCGGAAAGACGGACUACCUGUCGGACGGAGAGCGGACCGUUGCUAUCGAGAACGGUUCACAGUAUCUCGGCAAGAUCACAGGUUCUGGCUGUGCGCUGGGGUCUGUCAUUGCAAGUUACGUCGCAGUACAUCCACAAGACAAGCUUUUGGCAGCAUUGGCAGGCAUCUUGCAUUACGAAAUCGCGGCAGAGAGGGCGGAGGCCCGGCAAGACUGCAGGGGUCCGGGAAGUUUCAUCCCGGCUUUCCUCGACGAGUUGUACCUGCUGGGCCAAGAGAUCAAAGACGGCCGAGGGAUAGGUAGCAACGGUCCGUUUGGAAGGCAUGUCAAGGCUCAGAUGGCAACAGCUGGUUGA